GCGGAAGACAAAUUGUCAGUAAAUGCAUUUCACGCUUGUUUCAGAGGUUUUUGUGUGUUUUUAUCCCUCAGAGACGCAUUGUGAGCUAGACCCCUGUCUUUCUUGAAGGCUGAGCCCAUGAGCCACUGCAUUACUCAUGUUUCUCUGGAAGGAAGGUGGUGUUCGGAGCCUCAGCCUGCAGCGAGGGGAACAUGGUAGCAGAGUGAGAUGAUUAGCCGCAUUAAACUGAGAGAAGGGAUGAAAGAAAUAUAAGCCGUCGAAGCUGUUUUUUUUUUCAUAAGCUCUUGAAAAUGCCAUCAGUCCUAGGUGUUCGUCUGUUAUCUCUUUGCUUUGUGAUCAUCACUGUAGCUGAUAAAUCACUCGGGGAGAUGUACACCUCGAUGAUGAGCGUAAAGCAGGCGAUUUUAUCAGAAAGGCAGCUCAUUGGUUAUUUAAGAACGUACAUUGAUCAUGAAACUCAAAGACUCGAGGACAUUAAAAGGUUCUAUUCAAAGGUUUCUGCAUUUCACGAUGGGAUAUACAACGAACUAGCAACUGCCCUUGCUAACCCUCUAGUGGCGUUCACACUCAUCAAGAGACUGCAGUCUGAAUGGUCGAAUUUAGUCUACAGCUAUGAAGCCGAGGAAAACCUCCAAGCUCUGAGGGUUAGUUACAAGCAGUUGGAAAGCAGUUUGCCCAAACUAGAAGACCUCCAGGGAGCAGCACAGGGACUGAUGAGGCUCCAGGAUGUCUACGCCCUUCAAGUGGAGGGACUGGUGAGAGGUCAUUUCCAGAGGAUCUCUAAUGGCAACCCAGUUGACAUCUACAAACCACCAGUGUCCACCCCUCUCUCUGGUGAUGACUGCUUCCUUGUUGGAAAGGUGGCCUAUGAUGUGGAGGAUUACUACCACUCUGUGCAAUGGCUGGAAGAGGCAGUGCGGCUGUUCCGAGGCGUGAACUGGAGCCCGGAAAACGAGGGCACUCUGGAAGAUGCCCUAGAUCACUUAGCCUUCUCUCAUUUCAAGACAGGAAACAUCUCUUCCGCACUCAGUCUCUCUCUGGAAUUGCUGCGUCAUGAUCCCUCAAACAUAAGGGUCCUGCAGAAUGUGGAGAAGUAUGAGAGGCUGCUGGUUGCACGUCGUCCCAUUCUGAGAUCGGGGUCAGUAUUGAAGAGACCCAGUUCCACCUACCUCAGAACCAGGAACACCUAUGAAAGGCUUUGCCAGACCCAGGGAUCUCAGCCAAAGCUCUAUGAAAACCCCAGCCUGUUUUGCGACUAUUUCACCAAUGGUAGUCCUGGUCUGCUCCUGCAACCCAUGAAACGUGAGCUGGUCAGCCUGCAGCCUUAUGUGGUGCUGUUUCAUGAUUUCGUCACGGCAGCUGAGGCCCAGAACAUCAGGGACUGUGCAUUGCCAGGGCUAAGGAGAUCAGUUGUGGCAUCAGGAGUGAACCAGACCACUGUCGACUACCGCAUCAGCAAGAGUGCGUGGCUGAAGGACUCAGCACAUCCCACCAUUAGCAAGGUGGACCGACGCAUCACUUUGCUAACAGGCCUGAAUGUGCAGCUUCCCUACGGUGAACAUCUGCAAGUAGUGAACUACGGCAUUGGAGGACAUUACGAACCACAUUUUGAUCAUGCUACAUCUACAUCCAGCCCAUUGUACAGACUCAAUUCUGGAAAUCGAAUGGCCACGUUUAUGAUAUAUCUCAGCUCUGUAGAGGCUGGAGGAUCCACAGCCUUCAUCUACGCCAACUUCAGUGUCCCUGUAGUGGAGAAUAGUGCUCUCUUCUGGUGGAACCUUCAUAGAAAUGGCCAAGGCAAUGGAGACACUCUACAUGCAGGUUGUCCAGUCCUCAUUGGCGACAAAUGGGUGGCUAACAAAUGGGUGCACGAGUAUGGGCAGGAGUUUCAGCGCCGCUGCAGUCCUGACCCCAAGGAGUGAUGAGAGAUUCUGGGACCGCCAGGAGUACAAGAGCCGGCGUCCACAAUGGAGCAACGGAGGUCAAAAAGGAGGAGGGGGCCCAGCCAGGAGCUGGUCUACCCGCCUGACUGUGCGAGUGAUUUAAUGGCAGCAGCUCUGAGAAAAAGGGUGAGCUGCAUAGACACUGGUGAAGUGACUGUGAGUGUGCGUAUUUGGCAGUCAGCCACAAAACCAAGCUGGCCCCUUUGCUCGUGCUCUAGAGGCUGUGAGCACACAUCACUUUCUGUUAACUCCACAAGCCCAGGAUCACCUCCAGAACCAGUUUAUUUCCCCCAAAAAAAGCAGUGCAUGCAUCGCCUUUCCCAUGGAAGACAAAUGCACUGUGCAUAGCACUCCAGGACAUUGUUUGAUUGAAUGGGAAAAUGCACAUUUAUUUGCGUAUUGAGUGCAAUAUUCAUCCAUAAUUGGAAUAAUGUGUUCUUUGGCAUUUGGAAUAAUCAACA